AUGAUAUCUUCCACAAAGCUCGAUAAGCUAAGAGCUGAUGCCAACUGGGUUUAUAAAGCCUUAGAGUCGCGAGCGUAUAUAGACAAACCAAUUCUAUACCCCAGUCUCAAUUGGUCUGACUUUAUCAACGAAGAGACGGAUCCUGGUAACGCUACUCGCCAUUUGACAAAGAAGAUCUACGAGAAUGACAAAUUGCUCAUAUCUACAAUCAAGGAGCUUGUCACCACUAUCGAUACAUAUCGCUAUCACCAAAAACUAGCAAAUGAAUCAUUUUCAGCGAAGUCCAAAACCAUACUGGAGUUGGAGCUCAAGGUACAAGACUUGGAAAGAAAGCUCUAUACUGUGGAGCACAGAAGCCGUGAUAAGAUCAUUGAUCAAAAUACCAAGAUUAGAGAGUUGAGCCAGUUGCAGAAGGUUAAUAAACGCCAAUCAGACCAGAUUAAAGACUUAAUCACAGUGAUCAAAGACUAUAAGGUAAAGCAUCGAGUAGCGAUAAGGAAGAAGGAUUUAGAGAUUAACGCAUUGAAGAAUAAAAUCAUCGACAAAAGGAAUAUGUUGAGUUCGACUGUUGAAUACGAAAUACCCUUGACACCAUCACUGCAGCAAAACUUUGGUGUUGAUUAUGGGGGCGCCAGCAGUUUUGUUAAUGGUGGUGCUGGUAAUAGCGCACUCUUUCGGCUACAAGAAGAAGCAGCCGAGGGUGUAUUUGGCAAAACGGUGAGUAAUUUUUUUAAUCACAAUGAGAUUCUAUCCGCUGACGAAGACACUAGUAAUCAAAGGAAGCAUAUGGUAGAUGUGGAAAACCAGAUGUUCACGCAAAGUUUAAUGCUGACCAUUGAAAGCAUUGCAAGUGAAAACUACAAGUUGUCAAAUUUUGUGCAGUGUUUAAAAGAGUAUAUGGAAUCAGUGAAUCGCGAAAUGAUGGGCUUGAAUAAUAUGGAUAAUGCCAUCGAUGUGCAGAUUACAAACCCUUCUGAUGCAAUAAACUUUGAUAGGAUAAAUAAAGUUGAUAGAACCACAAUGCUGAAAUAUUUUGGUGAGAUUAACAAUUCGGAAGCGGUAGAGCGCCCGCUUAUGAAUGAACUUUACAAAUUGUAUCAUCAUAUAGAGGAGUUGAUUGAAAGCUCGAGCUCUCCGAGACUGCACCAGAGCUCAAAUAAGAUGAUAGAAAGGCUAAAACAAGAUUAUAAGGUUAUGGAGAAAAAUUGGAAAGAUGCGCUCAAAACUUCCGAGCAAUGGAAGCGACUUGCAAAACUUAACUCCGGAUAA